GAUACAUUGCUCAUCUCCCCUUUCUCUCGAUAGGGGAGCAGCGGUAGGGAGGUGAUGGAUUCUCUCCCUCCGGUCUCUUCUCUCUUACCUCCCUCUAUUUCUCUCUAUUACCUAGGGUAGUUAUGGAAUAAAUGCCUGGCGGACAAUCGAAGUAGAAGCAAACUAGGUUUGUGGACCGACUUGUGCUCGAGGUCGUUAAUGGCGGCCAUGGUGGGGGUGGUCUUGGAGUAGUGGAGAUUGGUCUUGGUAAAUGGGAGAGUAGGGUGCUGCUAGAAGUAGUAGUCACAUAUGUGCUCUCAAAGGUGAGAUCGAUGGGGUGAAAACGAAGAAGAAGAGCGAGAAGAAGAGAGAAAGAGAGAGAAUCAUCCAUAGUCGUUGCUUUCAUAUUGAAACAAGGGAGGUGAGAUCCUUGCUUGUUCGAUGCGGCAAUCUUGCUGAUUUCGAGCUAGGGUUCUGAUGGAGCCACCGACUUCAGCUCUGUUCUAAUUGUCGAAGGGAAGAGCGAGAAAGCUGACAUACGUUUUUUUCCGAUGCUCUGUGUUCUCGACCUUCUGUUCAGAACUCCAUCUCCGUAUAUAUACUCCGAAGUCCACAGCCUGCCAUGUCGAUUUAUGGGAAUCAAGGCCAGCAGCUUGAGGUCACAGUUGUUGGAUGUACCAAGUUGAAGGACACAGAAUGGAUUUCAAGGCAGGAUCCAUACGUCUGCUUGGAAUAUGGGAGCACCAAGUACCGGACCAGGACCUGUACUGAUGGAGGCAAGAACCCCACUUUCCAGGAGAAGUUCAUUUUCACGCUUAUAGACGGCCUUCGAGAGUUGCAUGUUAUGGUUUGGAAUAGCAACACCCUCACUUCAGACGACUUCAUUGGGCAAGCAAGGAUUCAACUCCACAAGGUCCUUUCUCAAGGCUACGAGGACACAACAUGGCCAAUACAAUGUAGAAAUGGCAGAUACUCAGGAGAAGUUCGACUCAUACUGCAUUACCCAAAUGCCAAUAAAUUACCAGCGACAAGCUACGCCAUGUCUGCAACACCAUUGGGAGCUGCAAUCUCUUUCCCACAUCCUCAAUCUUAUUACACAUCACUCCCUCCUCCUCCAGCAACAUAUGCACCAUCUGUUUAUCCUCCUCCUCCAGCUGGGUAUCCUCCUCAGCAAUACCCAACAACCACCUAUACCACACAGCCCUACCCACCUCCACUACAUGGAACCCCUUAUCCACAAGCUCAAUAUUCUGGAAUCUAUCCGCCACCACCCAACUAAGUCGUUUGGCUCCAUAUCCGAUGCUCAUAGAGCCAGCCAGGGAAGAAGGUGGCUGUCAUUGUGUGAGCAAUGAUAAUAGUACUGCUAGUCAUCUUGUUUAAAUGGAGAAGAAUGCUGUCUUUGAAGUCUUCCCCCCCCUCUCUCUCUCUCCUCCCCCCGUUUUUUAUGAUGUUUGUAUUCUUUCAGUGAAUUUUUUUCAUGUCUACAUAAUAAAGAUAGAUAAAAGCACAACAAUUAGAAAAUCGUCUCGUAGUAUAUUCAUGGAC